GGCCGGGCUUUGCUGAAUGCGGGUGUGGAAUAAGGCUAGGUUACCGCUAGCUGAUUUUUUCAGUGUAAUUUUGCCGGAUUUUACUGUGUAUUUUUAUAUUGACACACCGCAGACUGGUGCGCUGUGUGUUUAUAGUAUCUCAGAGCUGGCUCUGAGCCAGGGCAGGUGAUUUUUAGUCGGUUUUUGAGGAGAGAAAAAAACACUGAAUGGGGUUUUAGUGUUAGCUAGUCUCGCCGGGUUGCCAGAUUGGAGCAGGAGAAACAUGGCAUUCUUUGUUAGCUGAGCUGAGCUAACCGGUUCUUUUCUCUCUGACCUGUAAUCAGCUAUAAACUCUUCUUUCAGCGCGGAUUAAAAUGUGGACUGUUCGGUUCUGGUGAGCUGAUGGUGGUUCUGGUCCGGCUUUACUGAGUGUCUGCAACUUGAACAAUGAGGAACAAUGAGGAGCCCACCGACGCCGCAGUGCCAGAAACUCCAGAAUCCAAGCGUCCUUCAGGGCCCGGCGCUGUCGGAUCCUCCGGCGCUGUAGGGGUGGAAUCGGGCUCAGAUUCGGACUUGGAGAUAUCGGGGAGUUCUAUGAUGGUGGAAGGGCCGACAAGGAGCGAAACCAAAGUGACUCCGGCUCAGGAGGUGAUGUUACUCUCAGAGGAAGAGGAUGAAUCAUCAGAGGAGACCAAACAAGAAGAGGAGAAGGAGACAUCGACCAAUAAAGGUGCGGACCACAGGCUGACACUCUUCUGUCUUGUCUCAGAUGGAGUGUGUGAGCGGGAGGAGGAGGAGGAGUGUGAUGGGUCUCCGGAGAGAUCCCCGUCGCGGCGCUGUAAGAAGAGGCGAGAGUCAGAGACAGAUGAUUCUGCAGAUGAGGGUCCCGAGCCCAGCUGGAAAGAGCAGGAGAGCAUGGUGAAGCGGCUACAGCGCAAAUUCCCCAACCUGGUGAAGGAGGAGCUCAGGGAUGUUCUUCAUGAACACUGCUGGAUCAUAGAAGAUGCCCUGGAGGCUCUGAUAAUGUUCUCUGACAACGCCGCAGCAGUUGAGUCCAGCAGUGACGAGUCCGAAGCAUCUUCAGCUCCAAAACGUGAGAUUAAGAAUCCAAAUCCCAGCACUUCUGUACCACAGCCAGUUCCAGCGCUCCAGCCUCCCGCCAGAACCGUCAGAUCUACACCACAGCCUGAACCACACAGACCUCUCAACGGAACCAAAGAGACCCGCAAGAGGAGACGUCCAGCGCCGGAGAGCAGGAAGCAGGACACCAGCUCUGAGGACAAUGCCAGCGACUUUGAGGAAUCGCCCCGAGGCUUAGACUCAGACUCUGACUCGGACCAGCCAGACGAAACGCUGCCGAGAGUGAAGGGUCAGAUACUGAACUUCUUUCAGAACGCCACAGUGGAUGAGCUAACGCUAAUCGCCGGCUGCUCCCUGAAGAAAGCUCAGAAGAUUGUGGAACUGAGACCGUAUAAAACGUGGAACGAUCUGGACGAAGUUCUUCACAGAGGGAACGGACUCUCGAAUGAGCUCCUCGCCGGCUGUCGGGAGGUCCUGAGAGAAAGGGAGGUGGUGCAAGGCCUGAUGGGAAAGUGCGAGGACAUUUCCCGGAGGAUGACUGAAGUGGUGCAGAAGGGUCAGGGCUCAAUGGUCCAACCACACAUCCUCAACAGCGCAUUCCAUUUGAAACCUUAUCAGCUGAUUGGCCUUAACUGGCUGGUCCUCCUUCACCAGAACGAGCUGAGUGGGAUCCUUGCAGAUGAGAUGGGUUUGGGGAAAACCAUCCAGGCCAUUUCGUUCCUGGCCCACCUGUAUCAGGAGGGGAACCCUGGACCACAUCUCAUCACAGUACCUUCCUCCACUCUGGAUAAUUGGGUUCGGGAGCUGAAUCUCUGGUGCCCAAGCUUGAAAGUGCUGGUUUAUUAUGGGUCUAUUGAGGAGCGAAGAUGUGUCCGCUACGAGAUUCUGAAUGAAAUGGUGGACUAUAACAUCAUCGUCUCAACGUAUAAUUUGGCCAUCGGGAACGCCAGCGACCGCAGCCUGUUUCGUAAGCUCAAGCUGGAGUACGCCGUGUUUGACGAAGGACACAUGUUGAAGAACAUGAGCUCGCUGCGCUAUCGCCACCUCAUGGCCAUCAAUGCCAAGUACCGGCUGCUGCUGACAGGAACGCCACUGCAGAACAACCUGCUGGAGCUGAUGUCUCUGCUGAACUUCAUCAUGCCUAACAUGUUCUCCAGCAGCACCUCCCAGAUCGCCAAGAUGUUUGCCAUGAAAUCGUCGGAGGAGCAGAGCAGUUUUGAGAGGGACCGAAUCGCCCACGCUAAGCUCAUCAUGAAGCCCUUCAUCCUGCGGCGAAUCAAGAGCGAGGUUCUGAAGCAGCUUCCUGCGAAGGAGGAGCAGAUCGAGUUCUGCCCGAUGAGUGAGAAACAGCAGCAGCUUUACGACGAGCUCUUCAACAGACUGAAGAACGCCAGGAAUGAGGAGAAACGGGAGUUGACCAAUGUGAUGAUGCAGCUGAGAAAGAUGGCCAAUCACCCGCUGCUGCACCGCCAGUACUACACCAGCCAGCGGCUGGCGGCUAUGAGCCGGCUCAUGCUGAAGGAGCCCAGUCACCGCGAGUCAGACCCGGCGCUGAUACAGGAGGACAUGGCGCUGAUGUCGGACUUCGAGCUCCAUCGGCUGUGCCAACAGUACACAGUUCUGAUAGAGCACCAGCUGGACAUGGACCUGCUGCAGGACUCGGGGAAGCUCCAGCUUCUCAUUCAGAUACUAAAAGACCUUAAAGAAAAGGGUGACAGGGUGGUCCUCUUCAGCCAGUUCACCAUGAUGCUGGACAUCCUGGAGGUGCUGCUCAAACACCACAAACACAGAUACAUUCGGCUGGACGGCUCCACGCCCAUGGGUGACAGAAUUGUGCUGAUCGACCAGUUUAACACGGAUCAGGACAUCUUCGUGUUCCUGCUGUCCACCAGAGCCGGGGGACUGGGCAUUAACCUGACCUCUGCUAAUGUGGUCAUUCUUCAUGAUAUAGAUUGCAACCCGUAUAACGACAAGCAGGCGGAGGACCGCUGCCACCGCGUCGGACAGACCAGAACCGUUAAAGUGAUCAAGCUGAUAAGCAAGGACUCCAUAGAGGACGCCAUGCUCCGCAUCGGCCAGAGGAAGCUCAAACUGGAGCAGGACAUGACAGCCACGGAGGAGGGCGAUGAAGACAACAUUCCAGACGAUAUGGCCUCUCUGCUGAAGGCCACUUUAGGCCUCUGAAAGCUGACCAACACUGGGACUUGUAUUAAUUAUGUUCUUAUCGUUAGUAUUAUAUGUUUAACUAAAGUACUGUAGCACAACUCACCCUGACAGGCUUGCCAUGAAAAGGUGCAAUGAUAAAAAUAAAAAAAAAACAUUAUAUAAAUUUCUUUUUUUUUUUUUUCAAGUUUCUUCAGAAAGUUUUGCUGAAGGCUCAGCCCGAUUAUUUGUUUACAUUUGGACUGUAUUUGAGUACUUGUUUUUAAAUACAUAAAUCUUGUAUUGUUUUUUGUGGUGUCGGGCUAAAACCGCCAAAUGUUUCAAUAAAAAACUGACUGAAAAACAAA